AGUAGGAAUAGGAUUCCCCCGACCCAACUCCUCUCUUAUUAACGCAUGGUUUCCUCCGCCCUCUCCUCCUCUCCCACUGCCGCCGCCGCCGCCGCCAUCCUCCGCCGCCGCCCUACUCCGCCGCUUCCUAGGGUUUUCCCGAUCCCCCUCCUCCGCCUCUCCGAAACCCUAAUCGCCCCUCGGGUCGCAUUCCCCUCCCCCGCUCGGCUCCGCCAAUCUUCGCUAAACGCCAUGGCCUUCUCCGCCGCCGCCGCCGCCGCCGCCGCCGCCGCCGCGACGAAGGGGAGCAAGGAGUUGAUCGUGUUCGGGAGCGAGGAGGAUCUCGCGGUCUCGCUUGCGAAGUACACGGCGGAGCUCUCGGAGAAGUUCGUGCGGGAGAGGGGGGCCUUUUCCGUCGUCCUCUCCGGGGGAUCUCUCAUCAAAUCGAUCAGGAAAUUGACGGAGUCGCCGUACGUCGAGUCUGUGGAUUGGUCGAGGUGGUACGUGUUCUGGGUGGAUGAGAGGGUGGUGCCGAAGGAUCAUGUGGAUAGCAAUUACAAGCUAGCCUAUGAUGGGUUUCUUUCCAAGGUUCCAAUUCCGCCAGGUCAAGUUUAUGCAAUCAACGAUUCUUUAUCCCCUGAGGGUGCAGCCGAUGACUAUGAAACCUGUCUGAAGCAACUUGUCAAGGAUGGAAUCAUCGCACUGUCAGCCUCUUCUGGGUUCCCCAGAUUCGAUCUCAUGCUACUGGGAAUGGGCCCGGACGGCCACAUCGCCUCUCUCUUCCCUGGGCAUCCCCUUAUCAACGAGAAGGAGCGGUGGGUUACGUUCAUUAAGGACUCGCCAAAGCCGCCGCCGGAGAGAAUCACAUUUACUUUCCCUGUGAUCAACUCUUCUGCAUACAUUGCAAUGGUGGUCACUGGAGCUGGAAAGGCCAGUGCCGUGCUCAAGGUUUUUGGGAGUGAGGAGAGCUCUGCAGAUUUGUUGCCGGUUGAGAUGAUCUCUCUUGAGGAUGGGGCUCUGACUUGGUUCACUGAUAAAGCAGCUACUUCAAUGUUAGUGGAUAAAGCAAACAUGUGAGGAUUGAUGUUUGAGGGUAUGGCGGCUUUAGUAUUACUAUGAGGUUUGAAUAAAAGGGCUAAGUAGUUGUAGUUGUGUGACUGCAAAAUGGAGCUCUCAAGUUGUUGUAAUUGGUUACUUGCGACACUUUCUUGUAUCGUCGAUUGUAUAAUAAGAUUACUUCGGGCAUGCUCAGCCUGCUGGGAAUUUCUGUAAAGGUGUUGUCAAAGUGUUGCCCGAGUUAAACCUUUCCUCAACUCAUGCAGAGGUUCAAAUUUAAAUGGGUUAGCAUUGCUCUUCAAUAUGGUUGA